GCUGUUUGGAAAAUAUCACAUUAGCAUAGCCAUUUCCGCUUCCGUCCUCUUUCACUGAUCCACCAUCAUGACCACCUCGAAGAAGAAGACCAGGAAGCUUAGAGGCCACGUGAGUCAUGGACAUGGACGUAUCGGCAAACACAGAAAGCAUCCUGGAGGUCGUGGAAACGCAGGUGGACAACAUCAUCACAGAAUUAACUUUGAUAAAUACCAUCCAGGUUACUUUGGAAAGGUUGGUAUGAGGUACUUCCACAAGACCAACCAGAAGUUCUACUGCCCAACCAUAAACCUGGACAAGCUGUGGUCCCUGGUGUCAGAACAGACACGAGAGCGCUACCAGACCAAGAAAGAUGUGGCUCCUGUCAUCGAUGUUGUUCGUGCUGGUUACUUCAAAGUUCUAGGAAAAGGAGUACUGCCUAAGCAGCCUGUUAUUGUCAAGGCCAAGUUCUUCAGCAAGUCUGCAGAGACCAAGAUCAAGAAGGUCGGAGGAGCUUGUGUGCUUAUGGCAUAACGUGGUUGUACAAAAAAAAAUAAUAAAAAAGUGAAGAAAUUCAAA